UGCAAUCCGAGCGAGCAACUUCUUCUUCGUCUUCUUCUUCAGUUACCGGACUAAUCAUCACUGAGCAGCUCCGAUAGGUGAAAAUGUAUUACUCUCUCUCUUCACAAUCUUCAAUAGACUUCCGUAAUCGCAAAACCCCAAAAAUCCAUGGAGAUCGAGCUGUCUUGACUUCGUACUUACCUACAGUGAGGUUUCCGUCGUUGCCGGACCGAGAUCGUCGGAAAAAGUUGUUACUCUGCUCCGGUAGAGGCGUAGGCGCAUUGAGAUUCGACGGGAACAAUUCCGUCGAUCUAUGUGGUGUUAUUCAGCGUCAUCGAUUAAGAGUGUCUUGCAGCGAUUCUCGCCGUACGCCGGGAGAGACGUCAGCGGAGGUGACUGUGCAACCUGAUUUUUCGGAAUUUAUAACGUCGGAGAGAGUGAAGGUUGUUGCGAUGCUCGCGCUUGCUCUGGCGCUAUGCAAUGCGGAUCGUGUUGUGAUGUCCGUUGCGAUUGUUCCUCUUUCGCUUUCUCGUGGAUGGAGCAAAUCUUUUUCCGGUAUCGUUCAGUCAUCGUUUCUUUGGGGAUACCUGAUUUCACCAAUAGCUGGCGGAACUUUGGUGGACCGUUAUGGUGGUAAAGUAGUCAUGGCAUGGGGUGUGGCUUUGUGGUCUUUGGCUACUUUUCUUACUCCUUGGGCAGCUGAUACUUCUUUGUUGGCUCUGCUUGCUGCAAGAGCUAUGGUUGGAGUUGCUGAAGGAGUAGCUCUUCCUUGCAUGAACAACAUGGUUGCAAGAUGGUUUCCCCCAACAGAACGUUCUAGGGCGGUUGGUAUUGCAAUGGCGGGGUUUCAGCUUGGGAAUGUUGUAGGACUCAUGUUAUCUCCUAUUCUCAUGUCUCAAGGUGGUAUAUAUGGUCCAUUUGUAAUUUUUGGGUUAUCGGGGUUCCUCUGGUUGCUUGUGUGGCUCUCUGCAACGUCAAGUGCACCAGAUCGACAUCCUCAGAUUACAAAGUCUGAACUUGAGUAUAUAAAGCAAAAGCAGCAAACAUCUACUAGGGUGAACAAACAAUACAUCACAGGUGGAAUACCUCCUUUUGGACGCCUUCUCUCCAAGAUGCCAACUUGGGCUGUUAUAGUUGCAAAUUCCAUGCAUAGCUGGGGUUUCUUUGUGAUUCUUUCAUGGAUGCCCAUAUACUUCAAUUCAGUAUAUCAUGUGAACCUCAAACAAGCUGCUUGGUUUAGUGCUGUUCCAUGGAGUAUGAUGGCUUUCACUGGAUACAUUGCUGGUUUUUGGUCGGACUUGUUGAUACGGCGUGGUACAAGCAUCACCUUAACGCGGAAAAUUAUGCAGUCCAUUGGUUUCAUUGGUCCUGGAAUUUCUCUUAUUGGUCUAACGACAGCAAAACAACCUUUAGUAGCAUCAGCCUGGCUCAGUUUAGCUGUUGGGCUAAAAUCAUUCAGCCAUUUGGGUUUUCUUAUUAACCUUCAGGAAAUUGCUCCAGAGUAUUCCGGUGUUCUACAUGGAAUGUGUCUUACUGCUGGAACAUUGGCUGCAAUAGUUGGUACAGUUGGAACUGGUUUCUUUGUAGAACGACUGGGUUCCUUCCAAGGAUUUAUCCUUCUUACAGCAAUUUUAUAUCUCCUCUCCGCUCUCUUUUACAACAUAUACGCAACUGGAGAAAGAGUCGAUUUUGACACAACAGCAGCUUGAAGCAGGACAAAAUCCACUUAUAAGAGAUGGAACAUUAGCCAGGAGAGAAGUUAAUUGCAACUCUAAAUAGAAUCAAGCUUCUUUUCAUCAAGUACAUAUCAGGAACAAGAUUAUAUCGGCCUUGUAUAGAACUUAGAAAAGAUGUCCACUUUCGUCUUCUUCUCCUUGAUAGAACAAAUGUAGCAAGUGUUUCUGUGUUCAGUGUAAUGAAACGCCUUUUGUUAAUGAUAUGUUAAAGAUCUUAGGCCUCGAAGAAGCUGAAUCAUUAA